CAACGAGCUACUCGGCAAGCAUCCAUGGCUUCUUACAAUACCCAGCAACUCACCUGGAAUGCUGCCCACACCAUCAAUCGCGAAGGGCGCUAUUGCUAUUGUGGACAUGAUAGACGACUAGAUGAACUGUCAUUACAGUGUAAAGGCUGCCAGAACUGGUUCCAUGCUUCAUGUAUAGAGGUGGAUAUUGGUCCAGCUGUACCAUUUAUCACCAACUACAAAUUUCUAUGCAAAGUCUGUGUCGUUAAACCUACUGGUAGGAAUCAGCAGCAUCAGGAGCCUGGAAGUAUCUCUGAAUUUUUUGAACGUGUUACUGCAGGAUGGAAAGAGAUAUGCGCCACCACUAUCGCCAACCUUGUCGUUCAGGAGUAUCUCAAGGAGGCUAAGAAUUCUCAGGUUUCAGGACCUAGCAAGACACCCAAUGAAGAAAAUAUGUGGUCCGUCAAUGCUGACUUUAUGGACUGGAAUGAGUAUCGCUAUUAUUUCAAUAAGAAAGACCACAUUUUGCCAUACGUUGAUCGUCAUUGGAAGGCUCUUUGUACCGACCGGAGCAGGACUCAGACUUGGUGGGCAACACUCGGAAGCUGUUUGUAUAUUUCUAAGGAUGUAUUUGCUGCAACAGAUGAACAGGCACGUUCGGCAUCAUCGGAUUUUUGUUUAGUCAAAUCAAACCUUUGGGAUAUAAAGCCAGGACAUAUUACGAGCCAUCAGUCACCAGGAUCAAAGUUAGUAUCAAAGACACCACGCGAAGGAAAAAGGAAGAGCAACGUAGUCACUGGGGUGCAAGAAGAACCAACCAACAAAAAGGGCUCGACUAAUAGAUCAGAAAAAAAGUCAAAGAGUUCAGCAUCCAGUAAUAACCGUCAUCCAGCAACACCGCCAGUUAUUCCACCAACUACAUAUAUACCCCUUCCCAACACAGUAGUUCCCACGAAGAGCGGCGAAAACUUGGCGCCUUUCAGCACCUCUAACGAACAUCCUUACAAUCGUCACCGUUUUAAGUACGUCACCUGUGAGCCAGAUCCGCUGCUGCAGUACAUGCUUUACCGUCAGACAGCCAACCCAGUCUUGUCUGGAGUACGCCUUAGCAGGGAAGAUAUGAGCCCGUAUAUGCUGGUUGACGAGGAGUGUAUGACUAUUACAACAGAGAAGGGCUUUCGUAUGGUUCGUGCUAACUGUGGUGUGCGUGAGGGGAAAUGGUUUUACGAGGUCACCGUUGAAAGAGGUGGAGAACCACGGUUUGAAGGGCGUGAUGGUGCACACGUUCGACUUGGUUGGGCAAGACGUGAAGCAACAUUGCAAGCGCCAGUUGGCUUUGACGCAUAUAGCUAUGGAAUACGAGAUACGACGGGUGAGAAAGUGCACAUGUCGCGAGUGAUGCCAUUUGGGGAGGCGUUCAAAACGGGUGAUGUGAUAGGAUUGUACAUUUCAUUGCCUCCUGAUGGCAACGAGAAGUCCUUCUUCAAACAUCGUCGACUUCGAAGACCAUUUUACUUUAAAGGGCAGCUCUACUUUGAAUCAGUAGAUUAUUCGCCAACUAAGAGAUAUAUCGAGAUGGCAGAGUACGAAGCAACACCUGUCAAAACCAGCCUGGACAAGCCAAUCCCCCCACCUGUCAUUCCAGGAUCAAAAAUCAUUAUCUAUAAGAAUGGCGUCUGUCAAGGCGUUAUGGCGCAGGAUUUAUUUGCACUCUUGCCGAUCGAACAGAACGCAAAGGAGAAAGAACAACUUCGAUUUGAUGAUGGCACUCUAGGAUACUAUCCAGCUAUUUCAGUGUACCGGAACGGGACUGCAACGGCUAAUUUUGGGCCUAACUUUAGAUUCCCCCCAAGCAAGGAUCCCGAGGCUGAGGCUGAAGGUAGACCUGUUUUUGAGGAGGAAUAUAUCUGGCAGCCAAUGUCUUCCAGGUGGGAGGAGAAGUUGAUCGAAGAAUGUUUGAUUGAUCUUGUGGAUGAAGUUGAGCUAUGGGUCUCUGAGCAGGCUGUUCUCGAACGUGGUUUACAAGAAGCGGCUACGAAGACUGUAGAUGACUCUUCAAUGACGAUAGAUGGCCAAGCAACCCCUCAGAGAUAUGGACAUAGGCGAGAUGACUAUGAUGGUAGUGAGAUGAGUGGUAAUAUCCUAAAAGAUCAUUCUCACCGUGUCUCGAGGAGAAGUCAAGGCAGUGUUGGUGAGGAGGAGGAUGACGGUGACGCAGAUGUGGACGUGGGUAUAGACGUGGACGUGGACGUGGACGUGGACAUGGACUCUGCGGCUGAACAUGAGCUGAUAGAGAGCGAGCAUCAAGGUCAUGGUGGUCUUGACGAAGACGGUAAUGGUGACGAUGAUCGCGAUCACCAAACUCAGCACAGGCACGACGAUGAAGAAUAUUUACACAAUGGCAAUCGCUCACUUGAUGCUCAGAUGGAGAACACAGAUGACGACAGACAAUAUUAUUCUGAUCAUUAUAUGGAUGAUUCACAUGGGCGCAAACUCAGCCAUGACCAUAAUCAAAUGGGAAAUCUAAGUCAUGAUGAUGUAGAGGAAGAUGACGAUGGCGAUGAUGAUGCUAGUGAGGGCGCAUAUUAUGAUCGGCCAUAGAAAAUGAAUAUUCUAUAAAAUGCCAAGCUUUUUGUUAGCGCCGCAG